UCCAUGAGGAUUCCUGUUGCGUCCAGGUGGAGGUCUCUCUCACUUUCUGCAUCGGCGGUUACCUGUUGCGUCCAGGUGGAGGUCUCCCUCACUUUCUGCAUCGGCGGUUACCUGUUGCGUCCAGGUGGAGGUCUCUCUCACUUUCUGCAUCGGCGGUUACCUGUUGCGUCCAGCUGGAGGUCUCCCUCACUUUCUGUAUCGGCGGUUACCUGUUGCAUCCAGGUGGAUGUCUCCCUCACUUUCUGUAUCGGCGGUUACCUGUUGCAUCCAGGUGGAUGUCUCCCUCACUUUCUGUAUCGGCGGUUACCUGUUGCAUCCAGGUGGAGGUCUCCCUCACUUUCUGCAUCGGCGGUUACCUGUUGCGUCCAGCUGGAGGUCUCCCUCACUUUCUGUAUCGGCGGUUACCUGUUGCAUCCAGGUGGAUGUCUCCCUCACUUUCUGUAUCGGCGGUUACCUGUUGCAUCCAGGUGGAUGUCUCCCUCACUUUCUGUAUCGGCGGUUACCUGUUGCAUCCAGGUGGAGGUCUCCCUCACUUUCUGUAUCGGCGGUUACCUGUUGCGUCCAGCUGGAGGUCUCCCUCACUUUCUGUCUCGGCAGUUACCUGUUGCGUCCAGGUGGAUGUCUCCCUCACUUUCUGUAUCGGCGGUUACCUGUUGCGUCCAGCUGGAGGUCUCCCUCACUUUCUGUAUCGGCGGUUACCUGUUGCAUCCAGGUGGAUGUCUCCCUCACUUUCUGUAUCGGCGGUUACCUGUUGCAUCCAGGUGGAUGUCUCCCUCACUUUCUGUAUCGGCGGUUACCUGUUGCAUCCAGGUGGAGGUCUCCCUCACUUUCUGUAUCGGCGGUUACCUGUUGCGUCCAGCUGGAGGUCUCCCUCACUUUCUGUCUCGGCAGUUACCUGUUGCAUCCAGGUGGAUGUCUCCCUCACUUUCUGUAUCGGCGGUUACCUGUUGCGUCUAGAUGGAAGUCUCCCUCACUUUCUG